AUGUCAAAAUUUUUAGGCUACCCCGGACUAUUUUCCUGCAAAUACUGCACAAACAAAAUGGACUUGAUAGGCAAAAUUCCCCAGCUAAACAAGAAACACGUUCACAUCAAUAACCCGGACAAAUUCAACAAAAUUCUGCAACAGCUAAUCGAAGACGGCCCCUCCAAAUUGCAAGUGCUCUCUGAUUUUGGCAAAACAAUAACAAAACAACAUCACAAAGGCAAACCUCACCUAAACGGCUACGGUAUUAUUAAAAAUUGCCCUUCGUUGACAGAUGAGCUUGGCAAGACUCUAGAUGGUUUAUACAAGAAAUACUAUCCAAUGGAAAUGGAUCUCCAUAUACCCCUUAAGGAGAAGUACCAAUUAAUGGAGGAGUGGUGGGAUCUAAACGAAAAUGCAUUUAAAGGUUUAAUUGUGAGCCCAAAGGAAUUGGAGGUUGUGUGUAAGCAACUUGGACCCACUCUAAGGGAAGGUAUGAAUAUUGCUUUUGAUAUGCUUUACAAAGAAGAAGUUCCUGUUUUAGUUUUCUCAGCUGGUCUGGGAGACAUUGUUAAACUCGUUUUAAAUCAAAAAGAAGUACUUUUACCUAACAUAAAGAUUGUUUCUAAUUUUUUAAAGUUUAAUUCUGAAGGUGUUAUAGAGGGCUUUACAGCUCCUCCUAUACACAUUUAUAAUAAAAACGAGUACAUCAUUGAGAAUGCUGAAUUUUACAACUGUAUUAUCGAUAAAACUAAUGUUAUUUUGCUUGGUGAUUCCAUAGGAGAUGCUAAAAUGGCUGAAGGCAUCCCACAUGUGAAAAACGUUUUAAAAAUCGGAUUUCUAUAUGAAAGGAAAGAAGAAGCCCUUCCAAACUAUUUGGAUGCUUAUGAUGUUGUUUUAGAAGAUGAUCAAACAAUGGAGGUCUUUAUUUCUCUAUUAAAAUGCAUUUUCAAGAAAAAAUAAAUUAA